AUGGCGUUUGAAAGGAAAACUGCGAUUGUGUUAAUCGUUGUAAUUCUAAUGAUAGUUGCAAUGACUGCGACGGAAGUUGAUGGCAGAAUUAAUAUCCGACGGACCUUAAAUGAUUUUGGUGGAGCUUGCUGCAACGUCUUCAUUCAUACUUGUUGUUUUCCUAAACAUUAA